AUGGUCCUGUGUCUCUGUGGAGUCCUCAGUCCACAGGGACCCUUGCAUGUGAAGGAAGUUGAAGACUGGAAGAAGUUGCAUGCCGAACUCAGCGAGCAAAUCAGGACCUUGGAGAAGUCUCAGCGGGAUCUGGAAGCCACUCUACCUGAUAAGGAUGAUAGCAUAGGUGCUCUGCCCAACUGCAUCAUGGAGCUGAAUCAUUUGAAGAGUGGAUCAGAAUCUGAGGGUCCAGGUCCAGGCAGAUGUGAGCCAGGUGAAUUGGCCAAUGGAGAAGUGGGAGGUGAGGAGAGUAAGAUGAAGACUAACAUGCACCAGCUGAUGGAUGUCUCCCAGACACAAGCCAAAAUAUCCGUGGUUCAGGAGGAUCUCAAACUCCUGCAAGUGAAGCUGAAAGCCUCCCUGUCUGCCAACUUUGACCUGAAAGACCAGAUCAAGAAGCUGAAUGAGGAUUGCGGCACGCUGCAGGCAGCCAAGGCCGGGCUGGAGGAGGAGUGUAGGAUGCUGCAGCAGAAGGUGGAGAUCCUGAACGAGCUGUACCAAGAGAAGGAGAUGAAGCUGCAGAAGAAGUUGAGUCCGGAGGAAUUUGAACAGCAGCAGCGAGACCAGCAGCUGUCGCCUGCAGAUGAGGAGGUGGUGCUGGCCACAGAGACAGUUAAGGAAAUUUAUAAGCAGAGAAUCCAGGAAAUGGAGGAAAACUUACAGAAAACAGAGUGCUCAUUUAAAAACCAGCUUGGCACUUAUGAGAAAAAAGCCCACGAGAACUGGCUCAAAGCCCGCAAUGCAGAGCGCCUGAUGGCAGAGGAGAAGCGGCAGGCCGCCAACCUGCAGCAGAGGCUAGUAGAGAUGAACCAAAAGCUGGCCAUGCUUCACGAGGAGCCUGAGAUCAUCAAGCCCAUGCAGGACUGGCCUGGAGUGCAGAAUGCGCCCUACAGAGGGGGGCUACAGAGGUCCUCUGAGCCAGAAUGGCUUCUUUGGCCCAUCCCCUAUGAGCAGCAGUGAGUGCUCCAGCACCCAAGCACAGAGUCCCCCAGACGACCGCCCUCUGCAAGCCUGAUCUUUGCAUGCUGCGACAUUCAGAGAGCCGACUUCG